GGUGGCCAUUUCUCUCGAAGUAGAGAGUGACCGGCUAAACAGAACCUGAGCGUUCUAAAACAACACAAAACAACACAAAAAAAUAUGCCGAGAACCGGCGAUAAAGUGAAAGUAAAUGUUAAGGAGCGGGUGGAAGAUGAAAUGUGCGAUCUCAGCUUGUCUGAGCUGAGCGAAAUACCUGUCCGUGAAAUUGCUUCAUUCAAACGGAUCACGGUACUGGAUCUCUCCAGCAAUCGCUUAAUAUCACUAGGACGCAACUUUACCUCCCUCACACGAUUGGUUCGCCUAGAUUUGAGUAAGAACCAAAUACGAUAUCUUCCGGAGGAUUUCGGUCAAUUGGAGCAAUUGCGGCAUUUGGACUUGUACAACAAUUAUCUGCAACAUUUACCCCUGAGUUUUGCCCGUUUGACUCGUUUACGCUAUUUGGACUUGAAGGGGAAUCCCUUGACACCAGCCUGGGAGAAAAUUGUGGGUCGUUGCUCAACUCUGAAGGACUGCCAACAGGCGGCCAAGAAUACUGUCAACAUUUGUGCAAACUUCAAACCCGAAUUCAUUGAACGUGAACAACGACAACAAAACCAAAGCAAUUCAAUGGCUGAAGGAGGCGAUGCUCAAGGUAAUGGGACGACCAAUGCGACCAAAAAGCCAACGAAACCGAAUAAAAAAUCAAAAUCAAAGAAAUCCAUGGCUGCUGGGGACAAUGAAUUGACGUUUAAGCCCGUUAAUGCUGCUGCAACUCCUCCAACGGCAUCUGUGAAUAAAUCUUUGAGUCAACAAAAGACAAAUCAAAAGAAGAAAUCUUCAACAAAUGGAAAGAACUGGCUUAAACUACUCUCCAAGGCUGCAUUUUCCUCGCUGAUGACAUUCCUGAUGCUGUUUAUAAUCAAUGUAUUGCUUAUCUAUAUGAUUAUGUUCAAGAAUCCAGAUAUAGCUGAUAAAAUAGUUGAAUACAUACCACAUCAAUAUCGCGAUUGGAUUCUAACCAAAACAGAAAUCUUUCGGUUGCGUGUUACCGAUUGGAUCUCUGAGUUCCGUACACCACCCGAAGAGCACUGACGUUUUAUUUAUUUGAAGCCGUAACUUAAAGAGGAAUUUCAGAUGGGAAGACAGAGCGCUGAAGGCUUCAAAUAAAUGUUAAAA